AUGGACGUUUGUCGGAUCUGUCUGGUUGAGGAAGCUGAUGUCUUUUUAUCGUUGUUCUCCAAGUUGGAGCUAAUUCCUAUAGCGGAUAUGGUAAACGAUCUUACUGGUUUAAAGAUUUCUAAAGGAGAUGGACUUCCACGAUUUAUUUGUAAAGAAUGUUCGGAAGACGUACUAAAAUCUUUCAAAAUAAGAUUAAAAUGCCUAGACUCCGAUACUCAGCUUCGUCUCUUGUUGGAGAAAAGUCGUCGCAAAAUGGAAGCAGUUGAAUCAUUUUUUAAGAGAGAAGCAUUGAAAAUAUCUUUUAGAGAUUCAGCAGCAACCGGGCUAAACAAUAUUUCUUCCGAUGUAAUUAGAGAUGUCGCCGAAAACGACAAAUUAAUGAGCAUUUUUGGAUCUCAAAAACCAAUCGCCGAUGUUCAAGUGCAUGAUAGCCAAGCAGCGGUCGAAGCGGAGAUGCUAAUCGUGCACACCGCAGAUCAGGAAGCAGAUACAACGAUCAAGCAAGAGAUCAAUUUAUCAAUAUGUAAUGUGGAUCAAAUAGAUGGUGAAAAGUUUGAAAGUUCAGAGGAUGUUGACAAACUCCCACCGAAAAAUCUUUCCUCCGAUACAUUAGAUAUACAUUUGACACAAUCCGAGAAUAUUACCGUAGUACAGCCUUCCGCAGAAGAAGAAUAUGAGGAAUACGCUGAAUACCUGGAGGUAGCUCAGGAUGUUUGUGAAGAAGUCCAAUAUGCCAUUGAAACUGAAUCAUGUGAUGAACAGGUAGUUGUCCAAAAAGUUGAUGAGCCGCAGCAAAUUGGUGGCAUUAUCUGUUGCGGAUGUGAAUUGCGCUUUGUAACAACAGACGAUCUAAAACAUCAUUCAUCAGAAGUGCACGAGAAAAUGAAAAUACGUAAUAAUGCCAAACCGUUCGAGUGUCAAAUAUGUUUUAAACGUUUCGUUAGCGAAAAACGUUUGCAUUUUCAUCAAACGUAUGCAUAUCGAGAAAGAAAUCAUGCUUGCGAGCAAUGCAGUGCACGAUUUACUUGUCGUGGGUCACUGCUUAACCACAUGAAAACUCAUUCUGAUCGUACAUACAUUUGUGAGACAUGUAAUAAAUCUUUCUAUACCAGUAGUACCCUUUUGUCGCACCGGUUGUUGCAUUCCGAUUCUAAACAAUUUGCUUGUACAGAACCAAACUGCUUUAAAAGUUUUCUACGAAAAUCGGAUCUACAUAUUCACUUGGUUUCACAUUCUAAUGAACGUCCGUUUGUUUGUGAGAUAUGUUCGAGUCGAUUUAAAUCGAAGGCUCAUUUAGUUCAUCAUGGCAAAGUACAUACUCGAGAAAAACCUUACAAAUGCAAUAAAUGUGAUAUAGCGUUUGGUACCUAUUCUGCUCGCAAUGUGCAUCAGUUGGCCCACGAGGGGAUUCAUCCGUACAAAUGUGAAUUUUGUGACAAAAUUUAUCAGCGCAACACGAAACUGCAAGUGCAUAUUCGUCGGAUUCAUACAGGAGAGCGCCCAUUUGCAUGUGAGUUAUGUGGAGACGCGCGGUUUUACCAAAACUGGGAGCUAACAGCUCAUAAGAAAAAGGUACAUCAAGAAGGAGUAAGUCAGACUAGCACAAAAGAUGAUUCAAACGAUGGAAAUUUUACGUCCUCUUCCAAAAAAAUUAAGAAAACUAAGAGCUAAAAUGUACAUGCGAUCGAAAAUCAUCUUAAUGUUUUUAAAUUUGUAGUACACCCAUAUGUGCUGACACACAGAUUGAAAUUAAAAAAGU